AUGGAUCAGGCCAAGCGGGUCAUACUACGAUUGCGAGAAGCUGAGCAAGAUGAAGAGGACCUGUACGAACCAGUUCGGUUGUAUCUCGAGAAAAACGGCCGCUCAGUCGAAGAACUCAACUCUGACCGCCAUUUUGUCCAUAUCCAGCCGUCGAACCCUGACAUACCCCAGGUCGACCCAAAAAUCCACAUUAUCAUAGAUAUUGAAGUAGACAAGUUCACUGGGAAUCAUGUUAAUGCUGACUUUCCCCAUGAGUUGUACCGGGUCCGUCGUGUUGAUGGCCAGAUGACGAUGUUUACCUUCAAGAAUGCUGUCUGGUAUUCUAACUUUCUCCAUAAGCUCCGCGCGAUUACAGACGAGGCUUAUCCUUGGGGAAUGACCACCUAUGACUAUAGGCGCGGGAACAGUGUCGAGACCCACACGCGAACGGUUUCGAAUUGA